CCGAGCCCGAAAGCCCAGGCUCAUUCAGCACACAACACAAGCUUGCAUGUAAGGGCCGACGACCGUGGGUUGACAAGCACGGAAGCAAAGCGAACCGCGGGCCGCUUGCGCAAGCUCUGACGUCCCGCUGUCCCGCCCCGCGGUCGACCCGCAGCGGCCCGCGAGGCACCGCCAAACGCCAACGUGUCGCACAAGAUGCCUAGCUGGGCGGUCGCUGUCGUCGGUGUGGGGCUUGCGUGCGUGGGCGCGGCAACAAUGUCCCGCGCCAUUUGCCUGCGAACGCCCCCAGGCCCGGCCCGCCUGCUGCUGCUGCUGCCCGCCGCGGCGCUGUUCUUUGCCGCGCCGCUCGCCUUCGAGGUGCAGAGCGCCAGCCGCGCCAGUGCCGCCGCCAUGCUCAUGUGGCUCGCCACAUUCAAGCUGUUGGCUCUGGGCUGCGGCCGCGGCCCGCUGGCGGCGUCGCUGCGGCAACUGAGCCUGGGCCAGUUCUGUGCGCUGCUGCUGUGGCCCGUCAUUCCAGUGACGGGUCCGGGCGGUACCGUUGCUUUGGAGCCCACAUGUGGCUGGGCACGAUUGCGCAAGGCUCUUGACUACCUGUUGUGGCGCCUGCCGGAGAACCUGGUUGUCACUCUUCUGGCGGUGUACAUGCUCACGCACCCGGCCGUGCCACUCUUCCCCAAGACAUACGCGGCUGCCUUCGGCGUGUGCGCCUACUGCAGCCUGUGGGCCAACGCCUGCGCCGCGCUGGUGGUGGCUGUGCACGGCCUGGUGCUUGCGCCCUCGUGGAACCGGCCCUGGCUGCAGACCAGCCUGGCGGACUUCUGGGGCCGCCGCUGGAACCUGCCCGCCGCCGCCUCACUCAAGCACCUGGUGUUCGCGCCGGUGACGGAGGGCCGACUUGUGCCGAAGCCGCUGCCGCGACCUCCUGCGGCCGGCGAGGACCUGGCACCAGCGGGCGCGGCUGGGGCCCCACCCGGUGACGACAGCAGCGCGCCGACCACCGGCGAGAGGCCCCCGCCUCGCAGCCCCAGCAUGGCCUCUGACAGCGCCAGCCAGGCUGCCGCAAAUGCUCCCUCGCCGUCGGCUGCUGAUGCUGACGGCGAUGACACCAAGCAGCGCGUCGGCGAGACGGGCGCCGCAAGUUACACUGGCACUGCCGCUAACGCGGCCACCGACCGUAGCGGCCGCGACAAGCCUCGCCGCGACGGGCCGUCGGCGGCGGCGCGGCUGGCGGCGCUGGUCGCGACCUUUGCCGUGAGCGGCCUGAUGCACGAGGUGCUCCUGUGGGUGUGCACCGGCGACGCCUCACAGCUGGGCAAGCAGACCUGGUUCUUCGCCAUACAGGCGCCCCUGAUGUUGGCGGAGCAGCAGCUGGUGCGGGCCACCACCCGGGCGGGUGUCAAGCUGCCGGUGUGGCUGUGCAUCCCCGUGGCCUCACUCACACUCCAGGUCCCCGCCAUGUACGGCUUCUGGGGCGCCUACUUCGCCGCUGUCACGCCGCGGUCAACGCCCCUGUCUGCUCCUGGCGCUGUGUUAACGGCCAGGGCCGUGACGCCGGCUUUCGGUGCGGGAGAGAACAAGCUGGGCGGCCCGGUGUUUGGCACGCUCAGCUCUGAACUUUGACGGGUGUAAUUGCGUGUCAUGUUGUGUUGUUUAUUGCAGAAUAGGGUGGUACUGGCGCGCCCCGUGGGCGCGCGCCUGUUAAAGGUUUGUCGCACCACCUGCAAUGCACGGGUGGCUGGACCAUCGGCAGAACUACACGGCGUGGCCGAAUCCGAGACCUGAAGGACACCAGCGCCCUAUGGUCGCUUCGUGCAUAGUAUGCAUGCGAGUGGCGUUAUGUGCUUUCAAGCAUAGGGUUUGGCACGCGGCUGAGGGAGUCAGCCCGGCAACGCCCGCCAAAAGCGAGCGGUGCUUCUAUAGAGGACUGGGACAAAGCCUAUACAUAUAGUUAGGAAUGACCCUCUUGUGUUAACUCCUACCCCAUCUCGU